AUAAAAUCAACAUAUCUCUAUAUAUCAUAAUAUGUUAUUCCCACUGGUUUUCAUCUAUAAGAAAUUAAUCUAAUGCUUGUUCAAAAAAAUAAGUUUAAUCUAAUGCUCCCCUUUUUCAUAAAAUGAAAAUGUUUAAAACUAUAACAUUUCAACGACGUCAUAUUGCAUGCGUCAUGCUGAGGAGUGAAGGCCUGAAUAAUGGAGAUCCGUGGUAGGUUAUGGCGGCAGCAUAAUAACAAAUGGUUUUCCCUUCCUCACCGUUAGAUUCCAUCUCGAAGAUAAGAUCAACCAAAACUAUAAUAGUACUGUCAAUUUGUUAUUAAAGUGAUUCUAACGUCAGGACUGAUUUUUUCUUAUUGGUUGAUACAUUUUAACCAUGCCAAUGCAUCAGCAUUUUACAAAUAAAAACAUUAUUGUAAAUCAUGAGAGUAGAGGUAGAAAAAAGAUUCACCUCUCAACCCUGACUAUAAUUAUCCACUUUCAGUUCUUUUCUUUUUUUGUUGUUGUAUGAGCACUCUUAGCUAGCACCAACGACUCCAAGAAGACAAAACAAUAAUUAAAAACAUGAGUGACCCGAGCGGCCAAUCUUCAUCAACAACAACUGGAGCUGGAGACAAGAGCGGCGGCGGUAAUGGCGGUGGAGGUGGUGGAAGUGGUGGCUCGUUUGCUAGUCAGCCGCAGAGAGCAAAGGUGAGGAAGCAAGUGUGGGCCGGAGUUCUCAGCAUCUCUUCCGCCUCCACUAACAAAUAAUAUUAUAUUUUUCUUUUUAACCUUUGACAAAAAUGUGUAAGUGAAAUGGUGGUGAUGACUAUGCUUUUGAUCAUUGUUCUUGUCAAGUUAACUGUCUCUAAAUAAGCUAGCGAGAUCAUGACCAUCAUCAUCGUCAUUGUAAUGAGAUUCUGUAUAUAUUCUUUCAACUUCUGCAAUGAAAAAGCCUUAUAUUUACAA